AAACAAUAGAUGAAGUGGAAAGACUGAAAAGUUUAAUUGAUUUAUAACAGGUUUGAAUUUUGUAGAUUAGUUGAUUAAUGAGGAAUAGACAUGAAGAUAAUGCAACUUAUAAAACAAUUAAUGAGACAAUUGUUUCUAUUCGUUGCCUGAAAGUACCCACAAAAUUAUUUCCUGAUGAUGUAGUUUGUUCAAAAUGAAAAUUUUGGGGAGACACUCCAAAAGUAGACUUUGUGUUUGUCUUAUAUUUUUGAUCACAUGUGUGAUUUAUAUUGAAUUCGUUUCAUAUUAUUUCAACAGUUUGAACUGGUACAGUUUGAGUUGCAAGGACAAACACAAAUGUACUAAAAUUCUAUUAGUAGCUGAUCCACAGAUAAUCGGAAAUUAUGAGGAACCAAUACAUUUUCUCACACCAAUCACCAUUUUUGAUAGUGAUAGAUAUCUGAAGAAAACCUAUUUACAUGCCUAUGACUUUGUCAAACCAGAUGUAGUAAUAUUUUUGGGUGAUUUAAUGGAUGAAGCUCACAAAGCAUCUAAUGAAGAGUUUCACCAAUAUGUUAGAAGAUUGUUCAAUAUAUUUUUAGGUCAUGAAAAUCCCUCAAUUAUCAGGCAUAUUUGGCUACCUGGUGAUAAUGAUAUUGGUGGGGAAGAUACUAUGAUAACUAAAGAGAAAAUAAAAAGAUUUAAUCAUGCUUUUUCUCAACCAAGCCUUAUAACAAUGAAAAAUAUUACAUUUUUCAAAAUCAACAGACUGACUUCUGACAUACCAGUGUACAAAAACAAAAGAGAAUUUUAUGAUACCAAUGAGAUAUUUGUAGGCCUAAGCCAUAUGCCUAUGAUGUUCAAGCCGUCCACCUUUGUAGAGAAGGUUUUUGAUAAAAUGAUGCCACAUGUGCUCUUCACUGCUCAUGAACACAAAUCAAUGAUAAUUAGUACCAAUGCUUUGCUGAAGCAAGAUUUUCAUAUCGUACCUCUCACCCCAGAAAAUAAUCAGAUAUUCGAAUAUAGUCUUGCAAUGACAGACAUGUAUGAAAUUAUGAUACCAACCUGUUCUUAUCGCAUGGGUACUGACAAAAUUGGGUAUGGAUAUGCUGUAAUAGAAGACAAUGAUCUACACUUCACUGUAUUGUGGUCACCAUCCCGAUUCCAUCAACUGGUUUUUUAUGUAAUUUUAAUCAUUCUAAUAUUUUUUUCAUCUUCUGCCUAUGUUUGUUAUACUUGCAUUUGCAAUAUUUUAAGGAAAAGAAGAAAUCCAGCAAGGUUUUAGAUUGAAUUGUGUAUCAGUGUCAGGUUAUAGGUAAUCACAUUAUUGAGGCUGUACAUCCUGACAAUAAUUGUAUACAAAUCAAAUUUUAUUGAAUGUUUCAAGAGCCAGGUUCCAAACUUGAAUGAUGAUUUUAAUUUUAUUAUGUUAAUAGUUGAAGCUGUAUUUUAUAUUUUUAAUUUUUUUGUAUACCUAUUGAAGAAUAUCGAAUAUGUUAUUGUACUUUAUAUACUUUAUUGUUAUUAUUAUUAUUAAUUUAUAUUAUAAUUGUUGAAUAAAACUGGUCUAUAAAA